UUCUUACAAACAUGGAAGAAACGAAGAAAAACAGUUGAAAGCUGUAGGUGUGUAUAAUUGGGUUACAAUCUCGUACUUUUUGUUUAUGGUGGCAUUGGUUUGAGGCUUAAGUUACAGAGAAGCAGAAAGAAAGAGAAGGAAAGAUGCGGCUUGGAUUCGUGGGUCCAAGCAUGAGCAUUCGUUCAAAGGCCACAGUCUUUUAUUCAAAAUCCUCUUCCUCUUUUCUUCCUAUUUAUAAACCCCUUCCUCUCUUCAUUUUCUUCUUCACCUCUCAAUUCCCACGUGGACACUCUCCCUUCUUCCCUCUCCCUUCUUCAUCAUAUCUUUUCUUUACCUAUCAAAUUCAAUCAUGUCCAAUUUCAAAUCCAAGUUAUCUCUCACAAGAACUGAUCAAGAUAUGACUGAACAUAUUGAUACUGAUCACAAUGAGUUUCAGGAAUGGAGUUUUCCCCCGCGACAAGUGAAGCCCAUGCCGGAACAAACUUCCAUUUCACCUCGCCCUUUUAAGAAGAUCCGUGACCCUGAAAAUCACGACCCAAUUCACCUAUUGGAUUCAAUUUCUCAUCAUUCAUUUCCUUUCUCGAAUCCAGCUUCCUCUGUUUCUCAUGCUUCUUCUUCCCCUUCCUCUACAACAACUUUAUUUCCUUUUGCUUUGGAACCAUCCCAAUUUCCCCAUCAAUUCAAAACAGAGCAUGUGACACCUAUGAUUCAUCAUCGUCCAUCAUUUCUACCGCAACAUAAUCAGCAGCAGCAGCAAUUGGCGCCACUUGCUUCAACCCAACACGGAUUUGGCUACCCGCCUUACUUCAUGGGAGAGUUUGCAUCGUUUCAACAACAGCAACAACAACAUCAGCAGUUUCUUCAGUAUUGGAAUGAGUCUCUUGAUUUGAACUCAAGAGCAGGGUUUAGGCCUCAGGUGCGGCCUUUAAACGCUACAAAGCUAUACAGAGGAGUGAGGCAGAGACAUUGGGGGAAAUGGGUAGCUGAGAUUCGUCUUCCUCGAAACAGGAAUCGUCUCUGGCUUGGCACUUUCGACACUGCAGAAGAUGCUGCCUUGGCCUAUGAUCGAGAGGCUUUCAAAUUGAGAGGAGAGAAUGCAAGGCUUAAUUUUCCUGAACUGUUUCUGAAUAAAGAUAAAGAAGAAGAAGAAGAAGAAGAAGAAGCCUCACAGACUUCUGCUCCUCAACAGGAUGUAGAGGAUAACAAUCUUGACAAUGACAUAGAAUUAGAGUCCAAUAAUGAGGCUGUGACAGAGGAAAACACACAAGAAGAAGAGGGUAUUUCAAAGUCACAGGAGAUAGUUUGGAGAGAAAUGGCAGAGGCUUGGUUAAAUGCGAUGCCAGCCGGUUGGGGCCCUGGUAGCCCUGUGUGGGAUGAUUUAGACACUACCAAUAAUCUACUGCUGCAGCCACAGCUUCCUUUUGUUAAUUCAAUUCAGCAAGAAUCAUUUGGCUCUGAUAUUCAGAGUCAGCCACUCAACUUAACAUCAGCUUCACCUUCUUCUUCAUCCUGCCCCAUGAAACCUUUCUUUCUCAAGGAUGAAGAUUAAACCUUGACAAGAGAAAAGAAAAAAGGAAAAAAGGCUGCAUCAAAUCAAUGUAGGCAGUGCACUCGUGGGCCAUUUCUUUUUCUUGGUUCCUAUUGUUAGUAUCGGGCACAAGAUUCUAGAGACUAUAACUAUCACUUACAAGCAUGCUUCUGGUUUAGAUUUUUUUUUUUUUCUUUUGUUUUCUUUUGCUUUUUGCUUUUAUGUUGAUGUGUUCUGUGUCUCUACUGCACUGCUAUGUUUUAGUUUUAUAAGCGCCGGCCAGCGUAGCAGGAGACAGUUUGGUGAUCUCCUCUUCAUUGGGUCCAUCAUCCAUCAGGGGCUCUGUUUUUUGGCCAAGAGGAUGGCAUGGAAGCACAUUCUAAUUUUCAUAUUUCACACCAACCUUUUAGCUUCCCACCAUACUGUAAUAUAAUCUUAAUUAUUACAUUAUAUAUUUUCUUUCUA